UUUUGAGCGUACCCAUUGACGAAGUCGGAAUUCAUACCGGAUAGAAGUUGGCCAGAAUUUAAUCAAUCCAAAUGUGAUCUUCUAAAUGAGAUACGAAAAGCAUGGAUGACAACAGCCCAAACAAUAGAAUAAAAGUACUUCACCAUGCCUAAGAAAGGAAAGAAAGGUGGAAAGAAGGGAAAGAAGAAAGGAGGUAAAAAGAAAGCAAAGGGACCGGCCAAUGCAGAGGAUAUUAUAAAGAGACUUUUGAAAUGUUAUGAAAGAAAUUGUGCUAACACAGACUCAAGAAUGUGUCCCAGAAUUGCAGCAGGUCUGCGAGGAUGUAUGGAAAAUAAUGCAAUUUUAGCGCAGUUUAUUUUGGAGUCAGUUGAGAUUGACAAAGAGGGCGCAUUACCUGUGCUUAUUGAACCAUUUCUGGCAGCUUUACGACAAGAAAGAUAUACAUUCAUUAGAGAUCUGUAUGUAUGGAAAUAUCCCAUGUCUUAUGAAAAUACAGCAACUCUGGCAUUGUUAUUAGAGAAACCAUUUUACCCAAUAAAAUAUCUGGAGGUAAUGGAUUGUUUACUGGAUGCACACCGGGUUGAGAGAUUAUCAAGAUCGUUCCAGAUAGCGGAGAAUCUUACUAAAAUAAGUCUGGACUAUAAUGAAUUUGGAGAUGAUGGAUGUGAAAAGUUUUGUAAUGGUUUAGUUAACAAUACCACCAUGUUGUCAGUUAGCUUGUGUUACUGUGAUCUUGGAGUUAAAAGUGGUACAAUUCUGGGCAAGAUGAUAUCUACAACAGCUGUUAGAGAGCUGUUCAUAGAUGGAAAUAACCUGGAGUGUGAAGGGGCCAUGGAACUGAUAAAACUAUGUGUAGAACAGGCAGAGAUGGAGGCCCUGUUGAGGGCGGAGGAGGCCAAGAAAAAACUGGAGGAGGAGGAGGCAACAAAAACAGCAGUAAGCAUUGAUGCUGACAGCUAUGAUGAGUUUGCUAAGGAGAACAAACUACGCUACACACCUGAGAGUGGCGGGGAGCAGAGUGGCAAGGCAUCUGACAUGGAGGCAUCAACAGAUAAGAAAAAGAAGAAAAAAGGUAAGAAAAAGAAGAAGAAAAAGGAGCCACCCCCACCCCCAAGAAUUGGACCAUGGAUCCACAAGUUACACAUUGCUGAUAAUGCCAUAGAUAACCUAGCUUACGGCGAGAAAUUUGCUCCUGUUAUAUGCAUGAGGCUUUUCAAAAAAUUAUUGAUGCAUUCUGACUGUGUUGAAGAGCUAGAUUUGGAAGAUAAUUGGAUUGGUGAUCUGGCUGGUAGAGAAAUAUUAGAGGCACUAGAGCAUAGGAAAGAAGAGAAAAUGGGAGGAGUCAAAAUUAGGACCACCCAUAAACUUAGCACUGAUGUCUUCAAUAGCAUUGUAAAACUUGGAUCUGGUCUUAAGAAAAAGAAAAAGAAAGGCAAAAAGAAGAAGAAGAAAUGAGGGAGUCUAUUAAAGAAGAAUAUAUUUUACUGCUGAAUAAAUAUUCAAACACUGGCAGAGAGGCCUGCAUGAGGAUGGAAAGAGUUUUUAUCUUUUAUACAUUUUUAUAGUGAAAUGUUCAUGAUUAUGCUGUUACCAAAGACAACAUAAUUUGUAAUGAUUUUUUACUUUGAUUAUAAAACUAGAACUUAAGAUUCUGUAUUUUCUUCACUGGAAAAAUCCUAUUAAACUAUGCUGUAAUUUGUCUGUUGGGCUUGUCAUGCAUUAAAUUUUGAACUGAGGAAUUAUGAUUUUUUAAAUUCUAAAAACAAGUACUAGUAACUUAAAACUAAUUUUUUGUCUGACUCAGCUGAUUUAGGUGGUUGGCUGUUAGAAAAUAAAAUAAAAUGGUUAGAAUUCAAAACUGGUAAAAAUUAUUUAUAAAAGGGGCAACAUUACUAUUAAGUCAACUUGAACUACCUCAAGAUAUGUAAUGUAUAUGAUUUUUGUAAUUUUUGCAAAUUAACAUGUUCAUCAUAUUUCAAAUGAUGAUAUGUCAACAUUACUGGUUAGCUAUCCAGCAAUGGCAAUAGAUUAACUGACAUCUGAAAUGUGACCAAAAGUGUGGUUAAAGCACAAUAAAAAAUAAACGUUGACAAGAUUUACUUUUUUGACAUUACAAUAUUUGCCUAUUUUCACAAAAAUCUGUCAAAGGUAUUCAUUUCAAAUUUGAAAUAAUUGUUGACUAUGAAGAGCAGGUAAGUCUGCUUAUCAUCUUUGCAGCAUUAUGUCCCCUUUUCUAUCUUGCUUUUAUUUACUAUCCAGCACUGAGAAAAAGUGGACAGGUCUUGUUUGAACAGGUCUGGAUAACUUGCCGAAAGGAUCUUUGGGAGCAUAUAUUUAUUUUAAAGAAAAUUGAUAUUUUUUCUGUAUUUUUCUAUAGUUUGCUGUGAAAAAGAAUGUUAUCAAUUGAAGCACUUUUUAUUAUCUAUAUAUUUUUCUAGGAAAUUAUUAUCCUUUAAUCUGUGAUAUUCUUAUAGUGCAAAAUUUCGUGUUGUUUGAAAUAUAUUUUUGGCAAUGUUUUUUGUCCACAGGUCCUAUAUCAUGUAUCAUUGUAAACCAGUGGUAAGCUAGAAAUUAUGGUUGCAAGUUCUUUUUAGCAGAUGAUUAAAUAAUAAUACAUGUACUUCUAUUUUUGUGAAGAUUUGUUGUUAAGGUUGUUGUUGUUGUUGUUGUUGACAAUGAUUUCAAACAAAAAAGUAUUUGGUUUCAAAUUUUUUCUAUUGUUCAUGUUACACAUUUUAUUAACUUUAUAUACAUUGGUAUUUCUAAUAUAUUAUUCACACUGUAUUGAAACUUACUCAUUUGGUCAGUUGAUUGUGACAGUGUU